CUACUCGCUCCUACACGUUACGCUUACUUGAUUCCAUAACCUCAUCGCACGUGCCCUCCUUGCCCUGUCCCCUCCCCCAUUGGCUGCCCAUGCACGCCCUCCUCCGCAUCACGCACACUGCAGCGCCUUCUUUACCCCAGAUCAGCCAUCCCAUGCCGACGUGGCGCCAUCCUCCAAUGUCCAUGUCUCAUCUGCUCCCUUCACGCUCAAGCGGAGAGGAGUCGAAACCAGAGCGGGAGACGCCACCUACAACUGAGUGAGAAACGCACGCGCUGCAGCGGCACAGUCCAUCCGUCUCCUCGCUAGACGCAGCAGUCAGUCAUCAAUCAGCCAACGCCAUGGAAGGAAUAGCGAAGCGUAAACAGGAAAAAGAAAGGAAACCCCAAAGCGCGGACGAUGCCCACUGCACCAAUGCAUGACAUGUCGUUAUUCGCAAACCGUGGACGCCUGGCUUUUUUUUUCUCUUUCGUCUCCCACGAGCGCGGUUACCCAACUACAUGGCACAAGUUUCGGUUUCAUAAUGCUAACCCCAUGUCCGUUCAGCCAUUUUCCUUUUUUUGCCUUCAAAUCUUUUUUAUUUUUCCCUCUCCUCGUUCCCAGGCUGAAAAUAGCUUCUGUUUCUCUCUCGUGAACCACCCUACAAAAGCAAAGAGCAAAUCUCCGUUUCUCGACGUCUCAUCUGAAACUUGCGCGCGUGAAGCCUCACUUCAUUCACCCCCCUUUUGCUCGUUUGCUUAUGAUUUACUCCGACGGUACACCGUGCUGUUGGGUCACAAAUUCUCGGGGGAAGUGGCGAAGCGCACGAACCACACAAGGCAGGGCAAGCCUUGCAAUACGAAAGCGAACAGGCUGGUGGUCAGCAUUGCCGCAGGGUCAAUCACAUUGUCACCGUACCAUUGCCAAUUCGCAUGAAACUUGACAAAAGUAUGAGUAUUCAUCGCAUGCGCUUUUGAACCAUACCACACUAGGCAUCUGAGCUGCAACCACAUCCCCUGUAAUGCAUGUCUUGAAUCCAUCAACCGACGCCCUUGUGCGACUAUCAACGAUUUUCUUGUGGCACUUGAAACGGGCCAUGAGCGCCUGAACGCUCAAUGGAGAAGAAUUACAACUUGUGCUGACAGGGAUACUUGGUCUUGUGUCCACGUAAACAGCAGAAAAAGCAUAACUAAGGAUUUGAUCGAGUCGACAUAACAGUAUGGAUGAUGAAGAUGUAUUGUACAGCAAGGAAAUGUUCAACGACCUCCUACCGCCAGAUCUGAAAACCAUUAGGGAAAAAAGCAUUCCAUCAAGCAAUCGACUAUCAUCCCAAAAGGGGAAACAAACAACUGCAUAGCAGCAGCUAAGAAGCUUGAAAACAUUAACAUUAUA